AUGAUGCCUCACGGGGCCUACGAAGACGGUGAGCUCGAGAUCUCUCUUGCUCCCUCCGCAAACCGUCGCGCAAAUAAUAAGCCUCCCGAUGCCAGCUCGCGCCGUCCAAAUGGCAACAAUCACCGUUCCGUUGAGCAGCCUGUGCCCCAGAAGAAGGCAGAGCAGCGUAUCGGUGCCUACCAGAUCAUUCGUACACUCGGCGAAGGCUCCUUUGGAAAAGUAAAGCUGGCUGUCCAUCGUGUUACGAAUCAGCAGGUGGCCUUGAAGAUUAUUGCUAGGAAGAAGUUGAUCAGUCGAGAUAUGGCUGGCCGGGUGGAGCGGGAGAUUGAAUACCUGCAAUUGCUCAGACACCCUCACAUCAUCAAGCUAUACACGGUGAUCAAGACCCAACUCGAGAUUAUCAUGGUCCUCGAAUAUGCUGGUGGGGAGCUCUUCGACUAUAUCGUUCAGAACGGGAAGAUGAAGGAGGACGAAGCUAGGAGAUUCUUCCAGCAGAUCAUAUGCGCCGUCGAAUACUGCCACAGACACAAGAUCGUACACCGAGAUCUCAAGCCUGAGAACCUUCUCCUAGACGAGAACCUGAAUGUCAAGAUUGCUGACUUCGGAUUGAGCAAUAUCAUGACAGAUGGCAAUUUUCUGAAGACGAGUUGUGGGAGUCCAAAUUAUGCAGCCCCAGAAGUCAUCAACGGCAAAUUAUACGCUGGUCCUGAAGUCGACGUAUGGAGCUGUGGGGUAAUCUUGUAUGUCUUGUUGGUGGGAAGAUUGCCAUUCGACGAUGAACAUAUCCCGUCUCUCUUUGCGAAAAUCGCCAAGGGUCAUUAUGUGGUUCCCAACUACAUGAGCUCUGGUGCAUCUGCGUUGAUCAAAAAGAUGUUGGCUGUAAACCCAGUUCACAGAGCUACUAUAGAGGAAAUUCGCUUGGAUCCAUGGUUCAUGAAGAAUCUACCUGCAUACCUCCAGCCUCCCGUUGAGGAGUUUCUCGAUACUGGUGUGGAUCCCAGCAAGGCUAUCACCCCGAAACUUAUUGCCCCUCAUGCUAGUCCGGCUGUCCAGGAGAAGCUCCAUGACCAGGUCACCGAGAAGAUCAGUAAGACUAUGGGUUAUGGUAUCAAGGAUGUUCAGGAAGCUCUGGCAGCCGAAGAGCCAUCUGCUAUCAAGGACGCCUAUCUGAUUGUCCGAGAAAAUAAGCUCAUGCAAGCAAAUCCAAACUUGUCUGACGACAAAGGCCAACUACUAUUUCAAGUACCCUCGCCACCAGCUUGGAAUGAUGGCAUUAAGCUAGGAGGUAUUGGCUCUCCGCCCGAAUCACCCAUAGUCAAGGAACCCACUGGCAGUCCAGCUGUACUUCCUAUCCGUCCAAGCCCACUCAUUGAUGCAAUGUCACCCCGCUCCUCUAGCUCUAUCGGAACGGAUAGAUCAGUCCGGCCCUAUGUGAGCAAAAUCGGUAUCCUUCCCAGCAGUUUACCUGCAUAUCAUCGAGAUUACAUGGAGGCUCGACGUACAGGUAGAAAUGUUGGAAACGUAUUGUCAACAGCUCAUUCGGAAGUCGAAGAGCCCCAUGCUCAAACAGAUGCCGAGAAGGCUGAAACAGCACGACGUCUAAAUCCCCAUUCUCGCAGUCAACUCAAGCUAGAUGAAGCUAGUAAGCGGCCUGCUGGAAUGACUCCAGUCCCUCAAAAGAAGAACAAGCCCACAAAGUGGCAGUUUGGUAUUCGGUCACGAAAUCAACCUCUUGAGGCAAUUGGGUGCAUUUAUAGAGCACUUCAAAAGCUUGGCGCAGAGUGGGUAGUCGAUGAUGAAUGGGCUCCUCGACGAGAAUCCGGCGACGACGAUAGAACCAAUAACAACAGCUUCGUAUCCAAUGGCAGUGGGGCGUCUCUACACCACAGCGAGUCCAUGAGCCAAGGCGAGGAUUCCACUGGCAACAUGCGAUUCAGUAGCAUUGAUCCAAAUGCAACAUAUAAACUGCCCGCAGACCCCUGGGUAAUCCGCGUCCGGUGGAAGAAAGAUGGCAUGUAUCCUCCUGGAAUUAUCCCUCCUGGAUCCACUCACUCAUCCUCUCUAGACCUUCGGCGGCAAUCAAUAGCUUCUCUCAGCAGUGCUGGUGGCUCCCUUCCUUCCCAGGACCAAUCGUCCCCACCCAAAUUCUCCAAUGCGGAACCGAUCGAUAACGUUGUCAUGCAUCUCGACAUACAACUUUAUGAAAUGGAACCUAACGUAUACCUAGUCGACUUCAAGUGCGCAGGAUAUGAGACCGCUGAAGGACAGCUGUUUGAGGAGAAGGAUAUCACGUCCCCAUUCCCAUUCCUGGAUCUGGCAUCCAAGUUGAUCAUCCAGCUCGCAGAAGCUGACUGA